UCAUAUUGGUAAUAGGGUGCCUCCCCCCCUUACUCCUUAAUUCGUACGUCAAAAACCAUCAUUAACUUUCCACUUUUCAUCAUUCACACCACAUAUAUAGAGAUAGAUAUACACAUCCAACGUUAUAUUCUUAUAAUCCUUAUCUCUCAAUACUAACUUAGUGGGAGUUAAGGUCAGAUAACGUUCCCUGUUUCUCAAGACAAUCUUCAUUGGCUUUUCGCAUCUUACUUUCAUGGCCAACGAAAUUGACAACGUUCGGUAUGAGGAGGAGUUCAUAUUGAAUUCAAGAGGAUUGAAGCUGUUUACGUGCAGAUGGUUGCCUAAGCAUUGUGAACCAAAAGCUUUGAUUUUCUUGUGUCAUGGGUAUGCCAUGGAAUGCAGUAUCUCCAUGAAAGAUGCUGGAAUUCGGCUUGCAAAAGCAGGAUUUGCUGUUCAUGGGAUUGACUAUGAAGGCCAUGGAAAGUCAUCAGGAAUCCCUGGUUAUGUACCUGACUUUGACGGUCUUGUUAACAACUGCUCUGAUCACUUCACCGAUAUCUGUGAAAGGAAAGAAAACAGGAAGAAGAUGAGAAUAUUACUGGGAGAAUCAAUGGGAGGAGCAGUGGCUCUCCUCUUACACAGGAAGAAGCCAGAGUAUUGGGAUGGUGCAGUUCUGGUGGCUCCAAUGUGCAAGAUUGCGGACGAAAUGAGGCCAAAUCCAAUGGUGACAACUGUUUUGACCAAGCUUUGCAAGUUCAUUCCAACUUGGAAGAUCAUACCUACACAAGAUGUUAUUGACGCAGCCUUUAGACUUCCUCAAAUUAGAGAGGAGAUUAGGGCCAAUCCAUACUGCUACAAGGGACGGCCACGCCUAAAAACUGGCUAUCAUCUAUUAACAGUCAGCAUGGACUUGGAGAAAAGACUUCAAGAGGUUUCGCUGCCAUUUUUAGUCCUUCAUGGUGAAGAUGAUAAAGUAACCGAUCCAUCCGUUAGCAGAUUGUUGUUCGAGACAGCUUCUAGCUCAGACAAGACCUUCAAGUUGUAUCAGGGGAUGUGGCAUGCCCUGACUUAUGGGGAGUUGCCAGAGAACAUCAAUAUAGUGUUUUCAGAUGUAAUCAACUGGUUAGAUGAGAGAACAUCUGUGGGUAAUUCUAGGCUGGAAAUUCAACAAAAACUGGCAAAUGACGUUUUGGCAGAAGCAAAGACAGAAGUGUGUGCCUAAUU